AUGAGCCUGCUCUUGACGAUCAUCCAUGAUUCCUCCUAUACUGUACCAUCUUCAUGCAUUCUGACGACGAACCUCGCAAGCGCACGGCGCGUGCCUGCGACUCCUGCUAUCGACGGAAGUGCCCAGCCCAAGGCCUCGCGCCUCUCGGAACGAAUUAGUCGUAUCGAGCAGGCUUUAGCCAACAGCUUCCCGGAAUUAGAUUCAGCGACGCUUGAUUUCUCCCAGAUGCAAACGUUGGAUGACAACACAACUGCGAGCAGCUCGCCUAGUACAACCAGCAGCCAGCUCCCCUCUGCAGUACCAUCUACAGUGGGCGUUCAUUUUGCCGGACGUGAGCUGGGAGCAAUUAGUCUGAUCACAGGUAUUCCUUUCCUUCUACCAGAAGGCCAAGAAUGGGUCCAGGCCCGCACAGGACAGAUCAUCUCGCGGGAUAAUCUCAGUCCAGCGCGAGCACCGUGGGAAAAGGAGCGCGGACAGAGUACUAACAAUCUUUUCAACAAUAUUUCGAACCAAAAUAUGUUUGAACUGCCCGAUUUGCGAGUCGUACGACUCUAUCUCGAAGCCUUCAAGAAGUCAUUCGUGAUGCAACGUCUGUUCCCCGUCGUGGACCCAGAUCUAUUCGAGGAAACGAUUACAUCGGCCUACAAACAGCCACACUCUACUUUCAGUCACGGACAGGCUAGUAGCCGCGCAUGUGUUAUUGCUUUUCUGGCCUUUGUCUCUCGUCUUCCCCCAAUCAAGGAAUUCGUGGUGAACUCUCCACUGGGAGAAGUAGACUAUGAUGCCCUGGCUAUCAAGGCGCAAUUCUUUCUCACGCAGGUAUUACAAGAGCCUGCGAGCUUGGAAGGGGCCCAGGCAGUCAUAAAUUUGACUCUCUUCGAGCUUUCGUCCGGAAACAUGCGGGCAACCAACUACUUCGCUGCGAUCGCCGCCCGAUUUUUAUUCAUGCUCGGUGCCAAUCUUGGCAAUCCCCCACAGGGUUCUCAAAAGUAUUCGCGCAGAGAAAAGACAUUGGCUCUUCCCAUCCAUGCCCCCAUCCAUCUUAACACUUCAACUUCGAUUAUAACCCUUCUUUCAUCAGGCCAACCACCUACAAUUGCAGACGAGCAUUGUGACUUGACUCUCCCACCAGGAUACAUAGAGCGAGCCUUCACAGACCCAGAGAGCGAAGAAUCGACCAACGUUGACCCGAUAUUCCCAUUCGACUUGAGACUCAGUAUGAUCAAAUCGCGAGCACAUAGCGCAUUGUACUCAGUAAGCUCUCUGAAAAAAUCCGACGCAGACCUGUUGAAGUCAAUACGAGAGUUGGACGAUGAGCUGGAGGAAUGGCGCGCAGCAGUCCCAGCGCAUUGGCGCCCGACUAUGUCCUUUGCACAGGAUGCUUCGGAUCCAAAUGUCUGCAUGCACUCCGUCAUGCUGCGGAUGAACUAUUAUCUCUGCAUGUCCAUCAUUCAUCAAGCGAGUAGUCGGUGCAAGGCUUGGGUGAAUGGGAGUGGGGGGUUGGUUGAUGGAAUUAGUUCCAGUCUCACAUUAUCCGUUGAGGCCAGUCGAUCGACCCUAUGCUACUUGGAAUCUGCAGAACAUGUUUUAGUUGAUGGAGUCUUUUGCAUUCUUCAGAAUCCGCUCGAUCCACGCUCGCGUGAUGAUAUGGGUCUUCUGAGGGUGGCAACGGUGAUGAUUAGACGUAUUUUCACCCGCAAGUUGCCACAGAAAGAAGUAGCCCAGUUCAAGUUGGUGGCCGACUUUGUGGUUGAAUUGAAAAGACUGGCAGAGUGUGCCAUCGAUAAAGCGUGGCGCGAGCAGAGCACCGGUUCGCUUUUAUCUAAUUAA